AUGGUGGCCGAAAAGGCGACCACGGCGACGAAGCCCCCGCUGCCGCCGGCUCAGAAGCCCGGGACAGCAACCGCUGAAAUGCCUCCUCCCCUCGCACCCGUGGCUCCUGCUGACGCGGGCUCACCUGCCCAAUCUGCGCCUGUCUCUGUGCCGCCCGCUCCGGCUGCUGCUGCCGAACCCCUGGCUCCGCCUGCAGUGUCGCCGGCGCCGCUCCCUGAUGCGGCUGUUGUGGAUCCUCCUGUUCCGGUCCCUACCGCACAUGUUGCACCACUCGCUGCUGUCCCCGCCGUGUCGGCGCCGGCCGUUGCUUUGUCACCGCAGGCGGCGUCCGCCACCACUGGCGGCCCGGCUUCGUUGCUUGCGCCACCGGCGGGUCAGCCGUCACGCCCCUCCUCUCCUGAUCGCCGCCCGUCUCGGCCCCAUUCUCCUGCGCUCCACCAGGAGCGCGAGUCGUCGCGGCGCCGACGUGAUUCUCCUCGGCGCUACCACCAGCAGUCUCACUGGCCUGCUCAUCCCGGUGGUCAUGCGGGCUGGAGGGGUCCCCGCGGGCGUGGCGGUGGCGGGGCGUACCGCCCGCCAGUGACAAUGGCGGAUCUGCAGCGAGAGGUGUCGAGGGCAGUGCGCGUGGAGAGGGAGGCGCAGAGCCAGAGCACGGCUGCACCUCCUCCGCCUGUCCUUGCCCCAUCGGCUCCCGCUCCUGCUGCCUCGGCCGCUGUUCCUGGGUCCCGUCUUCGCCUGCCGCCUGUUCCGCCAGUGGCUGGUGUGGAAUUCGUGGCCGCUGGCGGAGGAGCGGCGGGCGCGCAGAACUCCCUGUAUCUCGUCCCCCUGCCCCCUAUCCUCCUCCCUGCAACUUCCUCUCAUCUUCCUUCCGCCGCCCUCUCUUUUUCCCUCCUGCCCCUCUAA